UGUCUGCGCCUGGUGGUGCGUUUGCGCCUCCUGUCUUGAAAGGGAGGUGAAGAAGAGUUUACUUUCCAGAGUUCAAGGUUUGGUGUCGGUGUUUCGUCUGGAGUUAAGGGUCUGCCGAGGCACAAAGCCCCCUUUUCACGGAGCCAAGAUGCUGAACAUGUGGAAGGUUAGGGAGUUGGUUGACAAAGCAACCAACGUGGUGAUGAACUAUUCAGAGGUGGAGUCCAAAGUCAGAGAGGCCACCAAUGAUGACCCGUGGGGACCAUCAGGACAGCUGAUGACUGAAAUCUCAAGAGCCACCUUCAUGUAUGAGCAGUUCCCUGAGGUGAUGAACAUGCUUUGGGCACGCAUGCUGAGGGAUAACAAGAAGAACUGGAGGAGAGUCUACAAGUCCCUGCUACUGCUCGCCCAUCUAAUCAGGAAUGGAUCAGAGAGGGUGGUUACGAGUACCAGAGAACAUCUGUAUGACCUGAGAUCAUUAGAAAGCUACCACUUUGUAGAUGAGAAUGGGAAGGACCAAGGUGUGAAUGUGCGUCAGAAGGUGAAGGAGAUGGUGGACUUUGUCCAGGAUGAUGACAGGCUUAGGGAAGAACGGAAAAAGGCAAAGAAGAACAAAGACAAAUUCAUUGGGGUAUCCUCAGACAGUAUGGGAUACCGAAGUUACGCAGGGGAUAGAUACGACUCCAGCGAAAGCCGGGGAAAGUGGGACGACGACUUCGACAGGAAUAAAGGGCAAUUCCCCUUCAGCGAGAAGCUGGGGGAGAUCAGCGACAAAAUUGGCAGCACCAUUGACGAUACCAUAAGCAGAUUUAGAAAGAAAGAAAGAGACGACUCACCAGAUCGAAUUAGUGACAACGAGGAGGACCGGGGACGCUCGUCUCACAAUGGCCAGACAGGAAAAGAGUUUAAAGAUGAAGAGGAGACUGUUACCACCAAGAGUGUACACAUAGUCCAAGCAACAGAGACAACAGCAACACGAAAGAGAGGAGUCCCUUCCAGGAAAGUAGACUUGGGGGCUGCGGCGCUCUACACAGGAGACAAGAGCCCAGACCCCACCAACAAACAGCCCCAGCCAGCAGCCCCUCAGCCCUCCAGUACCGGCCUAGCUGACCUACUAAUGGUAGACACAACACCGAGCCAGCCUGCUCCCACAGACCUCAUCAGUGCAUUUGCCGACUUCUCCUCGCCUGCUGCCUCUGCCGUCCUCUCUUCAGGAUCUGCAGCACCAGCCUCUAGCAGCAAUGGAGAAUUUGGAGACUGGAAUGCCUUCCCUGGAGGUCAGAUGCCUGCAUCUGCUCAGACUGUUGACAACAGCGGAAAUGACCUUUUUGGAGCCAUGGCAGCAGGUCCUACCACUGCCCCAGCCCCCGCCCCAGUCUCAGCUCCAGGCUCUGGUCCUGCCUCAGCAGACCUGUUUGACUUGAUGGCACCAACUCAGUCCCUCACAUCCUCCCAGAGCCUCAAUUUUAGCAUGAGCAGCACACAGAGUAUGAGCGCCACAGUCAUGCCCCAGUCUAGGUCACAGCCCCUCCAGAACAUAGGUGGUCCACUCCAACCGCAGUCGGUCAUGCCUCUCCAGCCUUUGCAGCAGGGAAUGGCCUCUCAAGGUGCUGGAGCCAAAGCAUCCCUCCCUUCCACCUGGGCAGACCAGACGGUUAACAUCAGCCUAGAUUUCCUCGGACCAGGCAUGCAGCCACCCAAGCCUAGCCAGCCCACCCUCAACACCCUCCAACAAGGCAACCAGGUACCUGCCAACAUGCUCUCCCAGGGAUUUUCCGCUAUGAGCCUUGGAUCUACAACAGUCAGGCCUCCUGUAAAUCCUAUGAUGCACCCUGGUGCUGGCAUGGGAAUGGGAAUGGGCAUGGGAAUGGGCAUGGGCAUGGGCAUGGGGAUGACCCCAGCCCACAACCAGGGUAUGAUGGGGAUGGGCAUGAACAUGGGGAUGCCUGGUGCUAUGGGAAUGGGGAUGAACCCUGCAAUGGUCCAACAGCCCAAACACGAUGCCUUCGCUGACUUUGGCAACUUUGGAAAGUGAUGGAGCUGGAGAGCAUCCGGUAGAGUGGUGUCGGGGUCUCUCUCCCACUCUCUCUCUCUCGCUCUCUCUCUGCUUCUGUCUCGCUCUCUCUCUAUCUCUGUCUCUCUCUCUCUCUCUCCGUCCAUUGGUGAAGGAUUGUUAUGAGCUGCAAACAAAGAGUACUUGAAUAAUGUCAACUAUCACAAUACCAACACCCCGCAAUCUCCUUGAUUUUUUUUUAUUUUUAUUUUAAAUAAUGCUGUGUAGUGAUAUGGAUCUAAAUGAAUGUGUGUUUGUGUUGUGUUUGAACCAAUGAUCUGUCUAGUCUGGGGUGAUGGUCACGGAUGACAGCGUGCCUUGUCAGUUACUCAUAAGUCAGUGAGAGGAGGGAAGAGUGCCACCAAGAGAAUGUCGUGGGGGGGGGAUUUGCUUUAUAACCUCAAUCAAGUUAAAUCACCAGAAUAGCAAAAAAAACAUAUAUCAGUAGCUGCAUAAUUUUUUGAGAUGCAUUCUCAGUAACUUUACUGAAUGAGUUUGAAUAACAUGAUCAGCCAUUUUAACUUUCUAAUGUACAUUUAAGAAUGUCAAGUUACCUCUUGUUUUGUCCUUGCGCUUCCUUUUGACCUGUAAAUAUAAAUCUGGAGCCCUUACAAAUAAGUUAUGAAGUUCCUAUGAGAGGAAGUGACAGUGUGAAGACUUCUAUCAUACAGACCAAAUCUGAUAUGAAUUAAGACCUAUAAGAAAGCACAUUGACACCUUCUCUUUGUACAUAAGCGUCCACACACUCCAAAUGUGGCCCGUCAGUGCUACAGCUCAAGUAAUGAGUGUUUGGAGUGAAUACUAUUGAUUCAUUUGAGGAGUUUCUCCUUCAACAGACCAUCAUUUGUGGCCUUUCUUAUUGGUAUAUACAUAUCUAUAUAUUUUACUUAUGAAGAAGAUUAUAAUCAGUUUGCAUCCAAAUGAGAUAAUCAGUAGGUAGAAUAAGCCUCAUACAGGGGUUGUGGGUUCUUAAUUACAGCACAGAGUGCCUGAAAGACCUUUGCCUUGCCUUUUCUCCUCAGUUAACCUCUUUGAAAGACAAUGUGACUGUUGCAGUGUUGAGGACAGCUACCAGAAAGGAGCUUCUGUACUAUGUACAAAUGCGUUUGUACUUGUGCCUCAAGCCAAGCGUGCUGUCUUUACGGAUAUCAGAUGCAAUUGUAUAAUUAUUUCUCUCAUUGUGUUUUGUUUGUCUAAUUCAGUUUUAUUUCCGCUCUGUUCACGUCAGUGGUAACUCCAGGGCUCAAAAAACAAGAUAUAAAUAUAUUGAGCUCAUCUUAAUUCAACACCUCAAGUGUUUAUACUGACUGUUAUUAAGACUGCACCAUUCAUCUAUCUGUUCUCUGUUCACAAGUGCAUCUUGGUUAAGUGCUGCCUUCUCAUCUUACAUCUUUAUUAAUGUUACACAUUACAAACAGCAGUCUUGGAAGGAGUGUUGCUGUCAAAGCUGUAAUCAAUCCAAGUCUGCAGGUUUUUGCAACUUAUCAGGAAGAUCGUAUGAGGGGAAGCACUUUUACCAGUUGGUACAUACCCAGUACGUCACGGUGGUUGAAUGAAGAUGUGCUGUGCGAUGGCGCAUAAUGAACAAUCCCAUUCAGCUAACUGGCCUAUUAAAUGUACAAAACAUUGCUCUUCAGUGGUUCAAGUGCCUGCCGAUGGUUGCCUCCUGACCCUUGUAAUGAGUAAUUGAUAAAUAAAUCUUGGCUGCCUGACAUUUCUGGUUUGUCAAGGAGUAGAUAAAUAAUUCACUGACCAGAGAAGAAGGCAGUGGAUUCUGCAGCCCCAGGAGGAUUAGAAGUUGUGCUUUCCUUCUUUCCCAAGGGCUCGAGGCUGAGCAAACUAACAUGUAGUAGCCUUGCAUUGGAGUCAGAAGCAUUAAAAUGACCAAAAUCAGUUUGCUGUUUUUCUAAAAUAUAUCAGUAGAGGUUGUUUUAUGCAUUUUUUUUUUUUUACUUCAAAUUGUUUUGAUCUUCUCUAAAAUGGGAUUGUUACUGAAACACUAGCAUAUGCAAAUGUAAAAAAAAAAAAAAAAUCCUUUGAGAAAAUGAAAUUUUGCAUUCUUCCCAUUUUGAUUUGAUUUACACAUCAAGAUUCUUUAUCUACAACAUUAAACAGUUGAUUGAAA